AUGAAAAAUUUACCCGCUCCAAAACCAAAUUCGAAAGGCGUAAAGCCCAACUCAAAAGCCACUAAACCAAAUUCGAAGGCCACUAAACCAAACUCCAAAGGGAAACCAACAAAGCCAAAUUCAAAAGCCACUAAGCCAAACUCCAAAGGAAAACCUACAAAGCCAAAUUCAAAAGCUACUAAGCCAAACUCCAAAGGAAAACCUACAAAGCCAAAUUCAAAAGCUACUAAGCCAAACUCCAAAGGAAAACAUUCAAAGCCAAAUUCAAAAGCUACUAAGCCAAAUUCCAAAGGGAAACAUUCAAAGCCAAAUUCAAAAGCUUCUAAGCCAAAUUCCAAAGGAAAACAUUCAAAGCCAAAUUCAAAAGCUUCUAAGCCAAACUCCAAAGGGAAACAUUCAAAGCCAAAUUCAAAAGCUUCUAAGCCAAACUCCAAAGGGAAACAUUCAAAGCCAAAUUCAAAAGCUUCUAAGCCAAACUCCAAAGGAAAACAUUCAAAGCCAAAUUCAAAAGCUUCUAAGCCAAACUCCAAAGGGAAACAUUCAAAGCCAAAUUCAAAAGCUUCUAAGCCAAACUCCAAAGGGAAACAUUCAAAGCCAAAUUCAAAAGCUACUAAGCCAAACUCGAAAGGAAAACCAACUAAGCCAAAUUCAAAUGGUAGACCUACGAAACCAGUGCGUCCAAGACCUUCUAAGACAUCAUCUGCAACUCAAGUUCCACAAACAAGACCACUUGUUACAAAUAGGCCACAAACUCAACCGCCUGCAACAAAGCCACCUGCAACCAACGCACCACAAACCCAACCGCCUGCAACAAGACCCCAAGCAACAAACGCGCCACAAACCCAACCGCCUGCAACACACGCACCACAAUCCAAACCACAGGUUACAAACGCACCUCAAACCCAACCGCCUGUAACUCAAGCGUCGAAACCAACAAAAGGGAGCGGUGGUUCUUCAUGGAACGGAGAUUCCUCAAGCAUAGAACAUGGCGGCAAUCGGCCAUCAUGCCAUUCACACAAUGGACGUCCAUGUUGUAAAAAUCAUGGUGGACCUGCUAUAAAUGUUGACGUCCAUGUCCAUAUAGAUGGUGGCAAUUAUGGAUUUGGCAACUGUCCAGCUUGCAACAACAAUGGUGGUAAAUCACAGAAAAAUUCUUCUACAAAACAACCAAUGGUCAAUAUGCAAAAAACAGUUGCAACAACGUCCAGUAUGUUGAAAGCAUUAGUUACUACUGAAAAACCAACAACUGAAAAACCAACGACUGAAAAACCAACGACUAUUAAAACACCACCAGCAACUAAAAAACCAACGACUGAAAAACCAACUACAGAAAAGCCGACGACUAUUAAAACACCCCCAACAACUGAAAAACCAACAACUGAAAAACCAACAACAAUAAAAACACCACCAACUACAACAACAGUUUUACCAACUACAGACCAACCAAUAACGUCAACAGCACCAACAACGAAUGCUACAAAAACGACAGAACAACCUACAACAAUAAAAUUGCCACCCACUACAGAACAACCAACAACGACAAAAAUGCCACCCACUACAGAACAACCAACAACGACAAGAAUGCCACCCACCACAGAACAACCAACAACAACAAGAAUGCCACCCACCACAGAACAACCAACAACAACAAGAAUGCCACCCACUACAGAACAACCAACAACGACAAAGAUACCACCAACUACAGUCCAACCGACAACGACAAUUGCUCAAUCGACUACUGAUAAACCCACAACAGAUAAGCCGACUACAUCAAAGCCAACUACAGACAUUCCAACAACCGAUAAACCAACUACUGAUAAACCAACAACAUCUGUACCAGUAACUUUUAUUCAAACAACUAUUUUAUUUACAAAUAUUCAUACUUCUACAGAUCAAUCAACUUCUGACAAGCCAACAACUGCCAAACCUACCACAAAAAAACCUACAACUGACCAACCAACCACAGUUCAACCAACUACAGCUAAACCAACAACUGUUCAACCAACUACAGCCAAGCCAACAACUGUUCAACUAACUACAGCUAAACCAACAACUGCUCAACCAACUACAGCUAAGCCAACAACUGCUCAACCAACUACAGCUAAACCAACAACUGCUCAACCAACUACAGCUAAGCCAACAACUGCUCAACCAACUACAGUUAAACCAACAACUGCUCAACCAACAUCUGCUCAACCAACUACAGCUAAACCAAAAAGUGCUCAACCAACUAUCGUCCCAACUACUCAAAAACCAAGUUUUACUUGCUAUACCUGUAAGGAUCAAGAAUGCCAAGACCAAAAACUCACAAGUUGUUCCUCUGGCUCAGAAUAUUGCAUGACGACCAUUCAGCAAGAUAAAAAUGGCAAAAGAAUAUUUACAAAAGGAUGUGUAACAGAAAGCGUUUGUAAGAAUAAAUGGUGGUUAGCUACUGCACCUAAUCCCGAUUGUCUACUUAACAUGGAUGAUGGACCUACUGGCUUACCAAACCAAGCAAUGACCUGUAGUUUCUGUUGUGUCACCAAAGAAUGUAACGAACACGCAGUUCCGGAAUUUUCAACAUUUUACACCUCUACAAGAAGGCGAUAGGCAGUGAUAAAAUAUACACUAAAUUAUUUAAUUUCAAGUGACUGUUUAUAUUGUCUUCUUAAUCACGUGAUUGAUGAAAUUGCUCAAAAUGGAAUUGAACAACUAACAACAAAUGAUACGAAUACCUCCAAUGUAGACAUUUUAACCCUUUUGAUAACUAUAUAUGAGACUUAUUCAACACCCAUGUACAAAUAUAUAUUCGCUAUAUAAAGGAGAUUAAAAUUAAGAAAACAAAA